GGGUCAGCUUGCUGCGGGCUCGCCUUUUUUUGGCCUUUUUCCCCCUACCAGGAUGUAACUCUGCCACAAAGGAGCUGGAGUUCAAAUGAGGCUGCUGCAGCCGCCCCCGGAUCGCGGGGUCCCAGCCGCCGAGCCCCCCCCGGAGAGCGCCCGGCUGCGCCUCGGCCACAGCGCGGUGCGGCCGCGCGGGUCAGCGCGGGGAGCGGGGCUGUGAGCGCGCCCGAGGGCGGAGGACGGCGAAAAACAGCGCCAAGAACUUCGCGCGUCCCCGCGCCGUUCCCUGGCCAGAGCCCAGCGCAGCGCGAGCUGCUCGCCCCGCGGCCGGCGCAAGCGACCAGGGAGAUGUCACGGCCCGGGCGGGCGAGCCGGCGCUGAGAGAGGGGCCGGAGCGCGGAGCAGCGCGGAGGGUGCCCGGGGAUCGCGUCAGGAGCCGGCGGCUGCUCCGGUACCUCCAGGGGCCAAGGACUGAGCGGUGUGCGGAGCCAGCCGGACAUCAUAUUUUAAAAGUUCUUUACAGAAGAAUAUUUGACCAGAACUAGAAGAUCAUGAUGACAAGAAGAUUCAUCUGUUUAAUGCUAAUGGCUGUUGUGGGAGCUACUGCAAGCAAAACACAGGAAUUUGAAGGCAAUGACGAGGAAACAGAACAAGAAUUCAUUUAUAUGAACAGAUAUAAGCGUUCCAGUGACACGCAGGACAAAUGCACUUACACCUUUAUCGUACCUCAACAGAGAGUGACAGGUGCCAUUUGUGUUAAUUCUAAAGAGCCUGAAGUUCUACUUGAAAACAGGGUAAAUAAACAAGAGUUACAGUUACUUAACAAUGAACUUCUUAAACAAAAGAGACAAAUAGAAACUCUCCAGCAACUGGUAGAGGUGGAUGGCGGGAUUGUUAAUGAGGUUAAACUCUUAAGAAAAGAGAGCAGAAAUAUGAAUUCUCGUGUCACACAACUCUAUAUGCAGUUACUACAUGAAAUUAUCCGAAAACGUGACAACGCCUUAGAACUUUCUCAACUUGAGAAUAAGAUAUUGAACCAAACUGCAGAUAUGUUGCAGCUUGCAAACAAAUACAAAGACUUAGAGCACAAGUACCAACAUUUGAUGUCAAUUGCCAAUAAUCAGUCACAAAUAAUUGCCCAACUGGAAGAACACUGUCAAAGAAUGCCAUCCAUAAAGCCACUGCCACAAACGCCACAGCCACCAAAUAAAGUGUACCAGCCUCCUACUUACAAUCGUAUUAUUAACCAGAUAUCUACUAAUGAGAUUCAGAGUGAUCAGAACUUAAAGGUUCUGCCACCUACCUUACCAACCAUGCCUGCAGUUACUAGUAUUCCGACUUCAACAGAUAAACCAUCUGGGCCCUGGAGAGACUGUCUACAAGCAUUAGAAGAUGGCCAUGAUACGAGCUCCAUCUAUCUUGUAAAACCAGAAAACACAAACCGGCUCAUGCAGGUCUGGUGUGAUCAACGGCACGACCCUGGUGGCUGGACAGUCAUCCAGAGACGGCUGGAUGGCUCUGUCAACUUUUUCAGGAACUGGGAGACAUACAAGCAAGGGUUUGGUAAUAUAGAUGGAGAAUACUGGCUCGGAUUAGAAAAUAUUUAUUGGUUAACAAAUCAAGGCAACUACAAACUGCUCAUAACAAUGGAAGACUGGUCAGGUCGAAAAGUAUUUGCUGAGUACGCCAGCUUCAGACUGGAGCCAGAAAGCGAAUACUACAAGUUGAGACUGGGACGCUACAAUGGCAACGCCGGAGAUUCUUUCACUUGGCACAAUGGCAAGCAGUUCACCACGCUGGACCGGGACCAUGAUGUAUACACAGGUAACUGUGCUCAUUACCAGAAGGGAGGAUGGUGGUACAACGCAUGUGCUCAUUCAAAUCUCAAUGGAGUCUGGUACCGUGGAGGACACUACCGCAGCCGGUAUCAGGAUGGUGUUUACUGGGCUGAAUUCCGGGGAGGAUCAUAUUCACUAAAGAAAGUCGUUAUGAUGAUAAGACCUAAUCCGAACACAUUCCACUGAAACAAUUCUUCUCUUGGUUUGCCGCCUUGUUCUAAAAAUCACGUAAAGCUAUGAGAUGUUAUUAUCUGGAAUUAUCUUUUCAAAAAUGAGGAAUGUAAGAUAUUGUACAUUUAUUGCUGAGAUGUGAGGGCUUGUAUAUUGUAUUUUCAAGAAUCGUUCCAGGAAAAAAAAAAGUUGAAGAAAAAAAGGAACUGAAAUGACAUAACACUCAGACACCUCUUGGUACUAAAAGUAGUUAUAUUAAGCCUUUUAGAACUGGCAGUUUAGAUGGACUGUAGAUAAACUCUCUGGUUUUUAUUCCCUGUAAAUUAAGUUUGGAUGGUAAAAAUACUGCCACAACAUUUAAAUAUUUUUGUAUGUUAUAUUAUGUAUAAAUAUUCUCAAAUACAGGAAAUAUUACAAACUGUACAGCAAGAGUUUUAUUAUUAUUAUUAUUGUUGUUGUUGUUAUGAGCAACCAUUUGACACAGGAAAUCAUAUCCUUUGAACUGUGUAGCUUGUAUAUGUACAUUAGUGUGAUAAUUCUAAUUUAAUCUUUGUUAACUGCCAUGAAUAAAGUUAGUACUAUGUAAUUUGAUUUUGGGAGCAGAUACUCAAACAAUUACUGUAGUGAUAAAUCCAGUCUUUCCCCAUCACUUUGACCAUUUUAAUAAUCUGCUCCUAUAAAUUAGAAUUCACAUUUGAGUCAUAUAGUUUAGAUUAAAAACACUAAUGAUUUUCCUUACCAAAAUGAAGUAGCUAUGUGCAUAUGGGAAAUAAUCCAGACCUACAACAGACAGAAUGUGCUGUAUAGCCAGCGCUAUACGACACUACAACUGUCACAGUAUUUUGUACCUGACUUCGGUCACUACCUGCUGUGUAGCCUUUGUAAUCAGAAAUGUCUGGAUAUAAACUAAAGGGACUAUCCAACUUUGCAGGCAAAUGAUGGAUACCAAUACAUAAGCUAUUUAAUAUCCUUAGCCAGUAGGUGAAAAUUAUAUAAAGAAGUUACCUGUAGCCAAGAGAAGUUAUAUUUACCAUAUUUCACAAUUAUAACAUAUUACUGUCAAAUUAUUAAAUAGGUUUACUCAUCUAUAUUUAGAGGUCAGUCACAACUAUGAAAUACUGACAUGGUAAUUCUAAUAUUCUUCAGAGGUAGGUUUCUAGAACAGAUUCUUAUAACACCCAUUUCAAAACAGCAACUACUAUCAAAAAUAUAAGUUAAAGAAUGCAAUGAUAUAACGAAUAAAGAAAAUAAAGAAUGCAAUAAUAAGAGGGAGUGCAAAAGCCUCUAGAAGUUCAAUAUAGUGUUCAGUAGGCCUGUAAGAUACUUCCUGUGCGUCUGUGUGCGUGUGCUUGCACACUUUUUCCCUUAUUACCUCAUCACUUCUUUACUACAGUAUGAUGUGCAUUAAACUGACGUGUCAUGUAGCAUGUGUUGUAUAUAACUGAAAGUAGGGUUUUUAAUAUAUUAAUUACCCCUGUAAUAUUGUAAUCCUUUAAUAAAGCAACAAAUGUUAUUUUGA